AUGUCGGAAAGUGAUAUAAAUGUGCGUGAUAAAAGUGUACAUGAGGGCGAGCUGACGUCGUCCUCGUCCACCAGCGGCGAAGAGGAUCCGCCGCAACGUCGUAAACGAAAGUUGUCUAGGAGGGAGAAUUAUUUGGCUUCCAAUGCAUAUCCUCCGCCGGGUUGGUACCCCGCUGACCCCGGGUAUCAUCACCCAUUAGAAACACAUGUAGAAAAUCUGGUGCCAACCCAACAGGAUGCACAUUCAGUUGAGGUACCCGCCGAGUCGGCCAUUAAAUUUGAUUUUAAUUUAAAAACGAGUUUAAAAGAACCUACAGUAUUGAGUACGUCUUCCGAUCAUUUACAAUUAUUAAAUUCAUUUCAACAUUUUAAUUCUGAAAAUUGGACUAACGUACGUUACUCCGAAAUUCAAAAGUUAUAUAAUGCCAGGCCAGGUUUUGUUGAACUUGAAGUGAACGAUGAAAUUAAACAGUUUGAUAAAAUAAAUAAUUUAGUUACAACAGAUAGGUCUUUAGGCGCAAUUACGCAUGGCAUAAUUAUGCAAAGCGAUGCUUUAAAAUCAGGAGUAUUUGAUUUACUGCAGUGGGUACAAGAUACCGAUAAUUUUGUUAAAGUCGAUCUGGAAAAGAAAAUUAAAGAUAUUUUUUCGGGUGAAUUUCAAAAGAUAUCUCUUGAUUGUUUACAGUUGCUUUGUGGGCGUCGGGCCGAUAUUAUUGAACAAAGACGAGAAGCAUUCUUGAAUUUUGUAAAAGAUAGAUUUCUAAAAGCUACCUUAAAAAAGACACCUCCAUCCUGUGAUUUUUUAUUUAGUAAAGAGCAAUUUUCAGACUUUUUAAAUAAUAAUGGGGGCAUUAAUAAAAUAUUUUCAAGACCUUCCUUCUCUGCGCAAGAGAAGAGAAGUACUGGUACAUCUCAGGCUGCGCAACCUGGAUCCACUAGUUACAAU